UCUUCACCACUGAAGUAUCUCUCCAGCCCCUGAUGUCUUCUUUCUUUGUUCAUUCUGUCUCCUAUCUUGAGCCUCCUUUGGGAUUCUUAUUCUUCUUCCCAAGUUUCCUUUAUGUUUAUCACUGCUGGUAAACCCAGCUUUAUCCGGACAAAGCAGGCCCCAUUGUGUCUGGAGACGUACAGAGUGAUCUUCAGAGGCCCUCGGGAGGGACAGCUAUCCUGACCCAUGGUGCAGGGAACCUUUAUGUCCAGUUUGACAGUAGGAGCCGUCUGUUCUCUGCUUGGCCCUGCACAGCUCUGAACGGCACUUCUGUCAGUGCGGUGAGUGUGUGACCCAGGAUCACAGCCCCAGCGCCCACUGAGGGUUGCCUGUGCGUGUGUGUGGAGUCUCAAUGUUGACAUCAGGUGGCGUCUUCAAUCACCUGGAGUCAGUAUUUCUGAUAGGAUCCACCUGUCUUUGCCUCACGAGCACUGCGAUUACAAGUACAGGUCACCACACAAUAGAAGUCAGUUUUCACGCCUCUCGAGCACGUCCCUAGCCCCUAUCUGAAGACAUCCGUAGCUUUAGAGUUGGCAGAAGCUAGGGUUCACUGGAUAGACACAGUGGUGCUGGGUCAGAUUUAGAGGUUGGGGGUGGGAAAGAUGGCUCAGAGCAUUUCUCUCUCAGUCAGCAGCCACACACCUCUAGUCAGUAGGCCUCUAGGAUCCCGAUACCGACACGGCUUUGUCAGGGAACUUUAGUGUACAACAUGCUAAAAAAAAAAAAAAAAUCACACUCGAAAAACGUUGAACUAAUUUAUUGAUCUAUUUUAUUAGAACCCAGCAUGUCCAGAGCUACAGCUCUUGGGCUCAUUUUGGGGCUUCGAUGCUGGACCUUAUGAGCCUGGGCUGAGUCACAAGUGUUGAGUAUCUACUACUACCUUAGGGAACAACUGCGUCCCUGCCGCAGAGCACAGGACAAGGGAAAGGAUCCUGGCUGCGUUCCUAUUCUGGCUGAUGGACACGUACGUGGUAGAGCUGCUGAGGUCAUUCUUUUACGUCACAGAAACCACAUUCCAGAAGAACCGGCUCUUCUUCUACCGUAAGAGCGUGUGGAGCAAGCUGCAGAGCAUUGGAGUGAGGCAACACCUCAAGAGAGUACGGUUGCAGGAGCUGUCACCACAGGAGGUCAGGCAGUACCAGGAGGCCUGGCCGGUCACGCCCAUAUACAGACUGCGCUUCAUCCCCAAGCCCAGUGGUCUCCGGCCCAUUGUGAACAUGAGUUACAGCAUGGGCACCAGCAUCUUUGACAAAGAGAAACAGGCCAAGCAUUUCUCCCACCAUCUCAAGAUGCUAUUCAACGCGCUCAACUAUGAACGGACAAAGCAUCCUAACCUCCUGGGGGCUUCUGUUCUGGGCCUGAAUGACAUCUACAGGACCUGGCGGACCUUCGUGCUGCGUGUGCGCACUCUGGGCUGGGCACCCAGGAUGUACUUUGUUAAGGCAGAUGUGGUGGGAGCAUUUGAUUCCAUUCCCCAGGACAAGCUCAUGAAGGUUGUUGCCAAUAUGAUCAGACACCCAGAGAACAUGUACUGUGUCCGCCAGUAUGCAGUGGUUCAAAGAUAUCGCCAAGGCCAAAUCCAUAAGUCCUUCAGGAGGGAGGUCUCCACCAUGUCUGACGUCCAGCCGUACAUGGACCAGUUCGUGACACGUCUUCAGGAGUCCAAUGCCAGAGCACUGAAGAACUCCGUUGUCAUUGAGCAGGUCCUCGGGCUUCCCACUCAUGGGCCACACCUGAACUUCUUUCUGAAUGAGGCCGGCUGCAGCCUAUUCGACUUCUUCCAGCACUUUGUGCGUAACAACAUCAUGAAGAUUGGUGGCAGGUGCUAUAUCCAGUGCCAGGGCAUCCCCCAGGGCUGCAGCCUGUCCACCCUGCUCUUCAGCCUGUGUUUCGGAGACAUGGAGAACAAGCUUUUUGCGGAGGUGCAGCAGGACGGGCUGCUUUUACGCUUUGUGGAUGACUUCCUGUUGGUGACACCUCACCUGGUCCAGGCAAAAGCCUUCCUCAGGGCCCUGGUCCACGGCAUUCCUGAGUAUGGCUGCACGAUAAACUUACAGAAGACAAUGGUGAACUUCCCCAUGGAGACUGGUACCCUGGAUGGUGCAGCUCCACACCAGCUGCCUGCUCACUGCCUGUUUCCCUGGUGUGGCUUACUGCUGGACACUAAGACGCUGGAGGUGUUCUAUGACUACACCAGUUACACCCGGACCUCAGUUAAGGCUAGCCUCACCUUCCAACACACCUUCAAGGCCGGGAGGAGCAUGCGGCACAAGCUCUUAGCUGUUUUGCGGCUGAAGUGUCACAGUCUGUUUCUAGACUUGCAGGUGAACAGCCUGCAGACCGUCUGCAUCAAUGUUUACAAGAUCUUCCUGCUGCAGGCCUACAGGUUCCAUGCAUGCGUGCUUCAGCUUCCCUUUGACCAGAAUGUUAGGAAGAACCCCGCAUUCUUUCUGGGCAUCAUCGCCAGCACAGCAUCCUGCUGCUACUCUGUCCUGAAGGUCAAGAACACAGGAGUGACACUAGGGGCUAAGGGAGCCUCUGGCUUAUUUCCUCUUGAAGCUGCACGUUGGCUCUGCUACGAAGCCUUCCUGAUCAAGCUGGCCAGCCAUUCUGCUGUCUACAGUUGUCUCCUGGGACCUCUCAGGGCCGCCCAGAAACAGCUGUGCCAGAAGCUCCCUGCGGCGACAAUGGCCAUCCUCAAGGCUACAGCUGACCCAGCCCUAAGCACAGACUUUGAGACCAUUUUGGACUAAGCCUGCUUCCUUCAGCUGGAUGAACAUAGGCACUUUAGCCUCUCCUCUCAUGGAUCCAUGUCACAAGAGGGACUGACCUGUUGUGUAGGAGCUGCUACACAACAUGUAGAGAGCCACUUGUUGGUUCCCGGCUGCUUAGCCCCUAAAUAAACACGCAGAAACUAUAUUAAUUAAAUCACUACUUUGCCCAUUA